AUGCAUAUAGCGCAUUCCGCUACCUAUUACAUUUUGGCGAAUACAAAGAAAGCAAAGCGUCGAGAAGCGAAUAUUAGCCCAAUUUUGAAUACGAAAAACAAAAAUAUCGGUGAUAUCACAGAGACAAAUAUUGUAAUAGCAUAUUCAUCGCCGACAAUGGAUGAAGCCAUGAAAAGUUCAUCAAAUGAUCAGACACCGAUCGGAUCAGCUGAAAAAGAUUCACCUGAGAAGAUCAUUACAUCGCCUGAGUUUGAAACUAAAACAGAUGAUGUACUGAUGAGAGUAACGGGAGGAAGUUAUGGCUCAGGAUUUUCGCCUAAUCCAGGAGCAAAUCCAAAUGCUCAUAAGUCUCAACCAGCUAGACUAUUGACUGCGGAAUCAGUACAAUAA